AUGGAGUCGACAUCGCCGUUCUAUUCCCUUAUUCCUGAGGUGAAAUAUUCUCCGCCAUGGCAUGACUUAAGCAUUAUUGGUAUUGCUGGAAGCUCCGGCUCCGGCAAAACCUCAGUGGCUAUGGAGAUUGUGAAGUCACUGAAUUUGCCAUGGGUCGUAAUUUUGGUCAUGGAUUCGUUCUAUAAGACCUUGACUCCCGAGGAGCAUACCAGGGCGCAUGCCAAUAACUAUGACUUUGAUUGCCCUGAUUCCAUUGAUUUUGACCUCUUGGUCAGUACUCUUCAAGAUCUGAAACAAGGAAAGAAGGCGCAUAUUCCAGUCUAUUCGUUUGCCAAUCAUCAGCGUCAACCACACACGACGACGCUCUAUUCGCCCCGAGUGCUUAUUCUCGAAGGAAUUUUGGCCCUUCACGACCCCAGGAUCCUCAACUUACUCGAUGUCAAGAUUUUCGUUGAAGCUGAUAUGGAUGUGUGUUUGGGGCGAAGAGUCCUGCGCGACGUCCGUGAGCGCGGCCGAGACGUCGAGGGUAUCAUCAAGCAAUGGUUCACAUUUGUGAAACCCUCGUAUACGAAAUUUGUCGAGCCCCAGCGGCACAUCUCGGAUAUUAUUAUUCCUCGUGGUAUUGAGAACACCACUGCAAUUGAUAUGGUUGUCAAGCAUAUCCAGCGUAAGCUUCAGGACAAGUCAGAGACUCACACAGAGGCCCUUCGAAAGCUGGGCCUUCUGGCUGCUAAAGUCGAGCUGCCACCGAAUGUACACGUCAUGCCAGCUACACCGCAGUUUGUGGGAAUGAAUACCGUUCUGCAAGAUCCUGCCACUGAACAUGUUGACUUCGUGUUCUAUUUUGAUCGACUGGCCUCUAUAUUGAUCGAGAAAGCUUUGGAUAUGACUUCUUACGUCCAGACUACCGUGGAGACUCCACAAGGCAACAAGUAUCUGGGUCUCAUCCCCAAGGGCUCGGUGUCUGCAGUUGCCAUUCUCCGUGGAGGUUCCUGCCUGGAGACUGCGCUGAAGCGUAGCAUUCCAGAUUGCGUGACCGGUAGAGUCCUGAUUCAGACAGAUGAAAAUAGCUCUGAGCCUACAUUACAUUACCUCAAGCUUCCUCCCCAGCUUGAAGAGCAUUCCAUGGUCAUGCUGCUGGAUCCUCAGAUGGCAAGCGGAGGAGCUGCUUUGAUGGCUGUUCGUGUCCUCAUCGAUCACGGUGUCGAUGAAGAUAAAAUCGUGUUUGUGACCUGUGCUGCGGGGGAAACAGGAAUCAAGCGCCUGAUUGCCGUGUUCCCCAGGAUCAAUGUUAUUGUCGGUCGCAUUGAACCCGACGGCGAGCCUCGCUGGAUGGAGAAGCGAUACUUUGGAUGCUAG